AUGGGUAUGGAAGAUUGUUUCAGUGAGCGAAAUAUUUGGAUACCGUUUGUGAAAACGGGACGAUUCUACAUUUUAGUUUUGUUGGUCCUGACCCAGUGCUAUGACGUAUCCGGAGCUGCUUCGCCUCCUGUCUAUUCCAAGGACCUGGAGACGAGCCUAAGAACGGAACUGUUCACGGGUUACGAGGUUCUACAACGACCGUCCAAGACAGUCGGGGUCUUCGUGUCCUUAAACGUCCUCACUGUCAAUGAUCUGGACAUCAAAGACCAGUUCAUGUCAAUAACAGCCUAUUUUGAAUUGAAAUGGUCUGAUAGUCGACUUACGUGGUCCAAUACCUCUGCUACAACUCAAGACUAUUCGUCUGUGAAAUUUCUCUUCUCCACAGAAGAAUACGUCUGGAGACCUUCCCUCAUUAUAGAUAACACAAUCGACGAUUUCUCUGUCAUCAACGAUAAAUACAUCCCCAUGCGUAUCACAUCACAAGGUUAUGUGAUUUGGAAUCCUGCUGGAAUAUACACCAUCGCUUGCUCGUCCGACAUAACAUAUUACCCAUUAGACAUCCAGUCUUGUACGCUCUCACUGAGUUCCUGGUCCUACACCAGUGAUGAAAUUAGCCUCCAGCUGAGCCGUCUACCAAUCGAUUUCUCUUUCUACUCGGAGAACGGGGAAUGGGAGAUGGUUACCGCAUCAGCGUCUACUGGCGAUGCAAAGACACGUGGCGACCAUACGUUUUCCAAUCUGAAGUUCACACUGACAAUGCGGAGACGCCCCCUCUUCCACGUGCUUAACACUCUUUUCCCCGUAGCAUUGAUGUCUGUACUUAGUGCUAUGGUGUUUAAGCUUCCCGCUGACUCCGGCGAGAAGAUGGGAUUUUCCCUAACUGUCCUCUUGGCGUAUGCUGUUUACCUAACACUCAUCUCGGACAAUAUUCCCAGUACUUCUGUAACGGCUUGCUACUUAUCUAUCUACCUGGCCUUGAUUCUGGUAUUUGGGACGUUUGCUGUGAUGUGUUCCAUUCUCGUCCUGAACGUUUUCUUCCGCCCAGACGAAAUGGAAAUAUCGAAAGGUUGGAGGCUAGCCACGAAAGUUAUGGCGUUUAUUGUUAGAUGGCAGCAACCUUGUCUUCCUGGGAGAUGUCAAAGUCCGCAAAGAGGAAGUGGCAAUAAAGGCAAUAAAAUAGAGUCCGUGUCAGAGAAAAAAUCUCCCCUUCCGAAAGACAAUAUCACCACUGAUCAACAGGAAAUCAAGAUUGAGGAUUGUGGAAAAGAUGACUUGGACGAUUUUGAAAUAAGCUGGAAAAUUAUAAGCUUCAUCCUAGAUCAAUUCUUCUUUGUUCUUUUCCUGUUUGCCAUUGCUCUCUCUUCAAUCGUGCUCUUCGGUCUCAUCUUCUCACAGUUCAACUCGGUGUGAGAAACAUAAAAAAAACGUCGGUGAUGUUUACAAUUGUACAGUUGUAGAAGACUUUUAUUGGUCAUGUUUGGUGAUGUUAUACAUACAAUAAUUUUAUCUAUAUAUCACUGUACAGAAAGCCAUCAUUGUCCAACAUUGGGAAUUUAACAACCUAUACGAACUACGAACUAUGUGUGCCGUGAACUGUGAUUCGUGUGACGUAAACGGGUAAGCGUGACAACUGCUUGGAUAUAAUGAUGAUAAUAGUUUUGUUUAUAACACAAACGGUGAAAAUGACACCUACUGAUUGUGUCGCUAAUACAUAGAUAACGUAACUUACUUAUAGCUACAACAAAAGCGACUGGCAUUAAAGCAAUUUGACAACAACGACGUCAUGCUGUGUAUGAAUGUUGAUAUUAUUGAACAGAAUGUACCUACCAAAGAAUGAGUAAUUUACGAAAUGCAGUAUACAUUUUUUUUGCACAAGUUAAUAAGGUCAUACUUUUUUUUUUCGAGAAAAACUGUUCUGGAAAAAAUAAACAUUCCGCACGUUAUUGAUUCAGAGCAAUAUUUUCUACACUGGAAAGGGAGACUUAGGCAUAAUUGUGAUAUGACACAUUGCUUUAAACUCUAUAUUCUUAAAACGAUUGGUUUUCCGAGGACAGAUAUUAUCCUUCAAUGUAUAGUUUAAGAUAGCUCUAUACAAUGUCAAUACAAAGUUUACGCGUUCUUAUUAAUCAGACGACUUGUUAACGAUUCAAUUGACUCAUUUGUAAAGCUUUAACAUAAGCCACUGAGGUUUGACGACGCCGCAACAUUGUCAUAAUAUGUACUCUUCGUCUUUACGGGGAAGAGCAAUCUUUAAAUAACAUUUGUAUUAGAAUAGUUAAAACAUCUUACCCCGUAUUUUGUCAAUGAUAUCAAUUUUCUGUUUUGAUCUCACUAGUAAAUACAUGUAUUGAAUCUAGAAAUUAAAAGUGAUACACAAUAUUUACUCUCUGACAUAAACCUGAAGAUCAUGAAUUCAAUUAAGGAUGGAAUGAAGAACAAAUUUGCCAAGACCGGUCACGAUUUUUUACUUUGCCAUGCUAGUUGUGAAAAUGUUCUCCUUUACCUUUGAUAAAAGUUCUUGUGUAUCUAUAUGGCACUAUAUAAAUCAGAAGUUUGAAGUGUGUAUUGUGACAGAGAUAUAGGGACACCUGAAUGAUUAUCUACAAAUUGGAAGUUUAUCAAAGUAGUCCCUGUGUUGUAUAGCGAUCUUUCCAGUUGUGGCUGAGUAAUCAUUUUCUGUCAGUGAUACGGGGUACACACUAUUCCUUUUCUCCUAUUGUGAGUUAGCGCCCUGUGUGGAACUUUAAAGUUAAUGGGGGUGGUGAUGUUCUGCUUUUCGAAAGUGUUAAUAUACUACAAAUACUAGUACAACGACAGUGUAUAGUACAUGAUAGAGGUAAAUCCAUAGAUAUAUCAUUUGUUUACUAUAAUAUUUUAAUAGAGUAUUAUAUUAUAUCCAGAUGACACGUUAUCGAUUACUUUAUCUAUCUAAAACAUAAUCAGAAAACAUUGAUUUCCCAUAUUUACCUACUCCAUGUGUCAAAUUGUCAUAGCGAAAUACAUUAAGGCCGUCAGUUUUUCAAAACUUAAAGACUAUUUUUAAAAGGGAGAAAUGUUUAUAUGCAGGGAGAAGUUAUACAGUUAUAAAUUACUGGACAUUUCGGACCAUAAUAUUUCUAGUGGUAUCAAAAAUAAUCUAUUGACACGUGAUCGACUGUUAUUCCUAUACGAAUUAAAAUUAUACAUGUAUACAGCAUACGUAUGUUGUUAAUAGUUAUACAAUAACAAACCACAUACAUGGACUAUCAGGUUUGGAUUGAAGAAUUUAGGAAUUGCCCUUGGAGAAGCGGAAAAGGGUUACUUGAAAGUUCGUAAAAAAAGUUUUCGAUUUCAUAUCUGACUGAAAAAAAUACGAAUGCGUUCUCGUUGUUUCUUUUUCUGUUCUCCAGAUGUCGUACACGAAGUAAAAUAAAUGUCAGGACUAUGUCAGUAAAUAUCAAGGUUCAAUCUUCAUGAACUGUUUUUGUUCGUAUUUUGCCAAGGAUUAAUAUUUUCAGCUUUUACAGGCAGGGUAAGUGAAUAUGCUGAUUACACACGUAUGAUAGUCUACAGAGAAACGUACUAAUAUACAUAUAGAUCUAAAAUUAUAAAUUUUAAAAAUUCAAGUUAUGAUCGGACCAAUACGAGUUUAUAAUAAUUACACAACAUAUUAGUUGACUUAACAUUACAAAUGGUUUUUAGUUUUAUAGGCGAUAUUAUACAACCAAUAACAUAAGUUGUGCUAUUAACUCAUGCCAUAUCACUUGGCGCAGUAAGGUAUUAAGUUUUUUCUCUGUAUUGUGUAAUAUAGAUAAUAUGGCGUCAUGUGAAUUAUGACAUCAUAAUGGCGGCUUACGAAUUAAUAAAUUAUCAGGUUUUUCAAAUGUGAGUUAUUUUUUAUAUUUAGACAUUCAAAUCAAAGUUAUAUUUUUAAAGGCAGUAAAUAAACAUAAUUAUUAUAAUACAUUUUGCGUAUGUAACCAUAUAUAUUAAAAUAGAUAAAUACAUGUUGAUAGUUGAAUUGGUUAAAUUUAACAGUUCACUAUAUGUAGGUUCACCAAUAGACUACCCUGAGUUGAACCGAGCGUCAGUCAAUUAUUUGUGUGAGACACGAUCGGAUCCAAUGAUUAUCCAUGUCAAGGUUUGUACAAUUCAAUGAAUGGAAAUCGUGACAUUUCGUAUGUUCUAAGUGUCUUUUUAUUAGUUUUAAAGAAAAACGGCGUGACAAUUAGAAAAGAUGGAAAAGUGCAAAGUGUGUAAUAUGAUAUACUGAUAUACAUUGUUUAUGUAAAAUUAAAGGCGUUAGCUCGUGUCUUAGUAACUUUUGAAAUAUACAUAUGUAAUAAACGAAAGUGAAAGAAAUGGCAUAUACAGCGACCACAAGCUUGUGUGA